AUGGCACUCACCACUGACCCGACACCAGCCACAACAACGCUGACAGCAACAGCCAAGAAAGACAACCAAGCUUCAAUGCUAUUAUUGUCAUCUUCGUCCUCCCCCAACACAACCAGCUUGAGUACCGCUCUGGUCUUAAAGGGCAGCUCGAAGCCAUGUGAGUGUCCAACAAAACCGCAGCCACCAUCAACAUCAACGACCCUGAGGACAAAUGCCGUCACCGUUCACCCAGCACGCAAGCCUUCCAGACUAUCCAAGUACAACCACGAGCUCGAACCAAUAUGGGAAGAACCGGAAGACUUUUCUUAUCACGCCCGCACAACCGCCGACAAGAUCAACAACGGGUUUAAAGACACUGACGAGCGUAAGGUCAGUAACGGAAGCAUUAACAACAACAUUAACGAUAGGUCCAACAGCAGGAGUAGCAGUCAGGGUUCACAUUUGGCGUUUGCAACUAGUACUGGACAACGAUUGACCCAGCGACCCGCAGCCAGCAAGCCAUCACUUUGGCGUCGGAUCUUACCAUUUUAG